GUUCGCCGAAUAGCAGCAGGCGGUUUACCGUUUCGAGAAGACGCGCUCGCGGCAAGGCUAACUCCUUAAAGGCUUGCUAAGUUAUAGGUUUUUAUUUCAUUAUUUUUUUUAAAGGCAUACAUUAAGACGCAGUUCCACUCAUUUAGCGCGACAAGAUUGAAAUGUUACAGUUUAGGUGUUCACCUGUUCUGAAGGAGUUGUUUCACGUGAACCUCAAGCGUCCGUUAGUUCGCAGCGCGAGACAUAAAACGUUCAGUGGCGAUGGCCGAGUCUUCUCUAAAAUAAACCCUGUAUUCGCCGCGGGCUCUGUCUCACACACUUCAACAUGGAGGAGAAGACUUUGUACAAAGGCUGAAGGAGCCAUAGAGGCCAGUGAACCGGUGAAGAACGAUGGAACGGUCCAGGAAACCGCCACGGACAAGAGAAGGAAGGCAGGGAUCCUGCCGAGUCUGGAGGAUCUGCUCUUCUACACCAUUGCUGAUGGUCAGGAGAAGAUCCCAGCUCACAAGUUUAUAACGGCGCUGAAGGCCACAGGUCUGAGAACAGGAGACCCCCGGCUGAAGGAGUGUAUGGACAUGCUGAAGGUGACCCUGAAGUCCACGUCAGACGGAGUGAUGCUGGACCGCCAUCUCUUUAAGAAAUGUGUCCAGAGUAACAUCGUGCUCCUGACCCAAGCUUUCCGGAAGAAGUUUGUCAUCCCUGAUUUCAUGGCCUUCACCUCCCACAUAGACGAGCUUUAUGAGACUGCUAGAAACCUGUCUGGAGGUCAGGUGGCUGACUACAUUCCUCAACUGGCCAAGUUCAGCCCUGACCUGUGGGGCGUGGCUGUAUGCACAGUGGACGGACAGAGACACACUGUGGGUGACACCAAGGUGCCAUUCUGUCUGCAGUCAUGUGUGAAGCCACUGAAGUACGCCAUCGCGGUGCAUGACCACAGCACGGAGUACGUGCACCGCUUCAUCGGCAAAGAGCCCAGCGGCUUACGCUUCAACAAACUCUUUCUGAAUGAGGAUGAUAAACCGCACAACCCGAUGGUGAACGCCGGGGCGAUCGUGUGCACCUCUCUGAUAAAGCAAAAGGCAAGCAACGCGGAGAAAUUUGACUAUGUGAUGAACUUCCUCAAAAAGAUGGCGGGCAACGAGUAUGUGGGGUUCAGCAACGCCACAUUCCAGUCGGAGCGCGAGUCAGGCGAUAGGAAUUUCGCCAUCGGCUAUUACCUGAAGGAGAAGAAGUGUUUUCCUGAAGGUACAGAUAUGAUCUCCAUCCUGGACUUCUACUUCCAGCUAUGCUCCAUAGAGGUGAACUGCGAGAGCGCCAGUGUCAUGGCCGCCACCCUAGCCAAUGGCGGCUUCUGUCCAAUCACAGGCGAGCGUGUGCUGAGCCCCGAGGCCGUGAGGAACACGCUGAGCCUCAUGCAUUCUUGCGGCAUGUACGACUUCUCCGGACAGUUCGCUUUCCACGUGGGUUUGCCAGCUAAGUCAGGCGUGGCAGGUGGCAUCCUCCUGGUGGUUCCUAAUGUGAUGGGCAUCAUGUGCUGGUCUCCUCCACUAGACAAACUGGGCAACAGUGUUCGAGGCAUCCAGUUCUGCACAGAUCUGGUGUCUCUGUGCAACUUCCACAACUAUGACAACCUGCGGCACUUUGCGAAGAAGCUUGACCCGCGGCGUGAGGGCGGUGAGCAGCGGGUGAGUGCGCUCUUUCGUUUGCCUGCUCACCUAUCCCUGCCUGCAUGCCCCAUCAACGCGCUACACAGCGUCCUGUACGACAGCACACCUUUGGGCCGAUGGAUUACGAGAGUCUUCAGCAAGAGUUGGCUCUUAAAGAGUCCAUGUGGAAAAAAGUCUCACCCACGGAGUCCAACGAAGACACUUCCACCACCGUGAUCUAUCGGAUGGAUGAAGUCGGAGAGCACAGCCUGGAGUAAAGGGCUGGACAGAGGGACCAUUAUUUGUUUAUUUCACUCUGUUAUUUGAUUUGAUUUGAUGGUGUCUUGGCUUGGCACAUUGCAGCUUUUGGUGUUUUUGUUUGUUUGUUUGUUUGUUUGUUUGUUUAUUUGUUUUUUCCCUCUGCCUCCGAGAGCAGACGCUGAUGCGUUGCAGAGUCUCUGAUUUUUCUUUUCCGUUUCUGAAUGUUGAUUUUGACGAAACCAAAGAGUCUGAACUCAGGCAGGAGGUGAAGGAGGGAAAGUGUGUUAUCACGAGCUCAGGUUGUCACUCAGGGAGACGAGUCACGAGGCAGAGGUGGAACUGUCCUGAGCGGCUCGACUGCUAAUCUGAUCGCUGAUCUCUGAUUCGUAGCACGCACGUCGUGAGCUUUACCCACACACACUCUCACACACACUCCUCGCAGUGUGUGUAUUGACCAGGGAGGUUUCUCCUUGCUCUGUAAUCAUCUCAGCCUUAAUUGCUUUUAUCUAAAAUCCAACACGUUUUUAGCUCCGCCUAUUCAAUCAUCUAACAGUGAUUUUCAUUCAAAUUCAUCAGGAGCUUCACACAUCUCUGUCACAUAUGAGGGAUCCACGAAACUUUCACAUCUAUGAUCUCAUGGUUACACCACCACCUCGUAGUGAAGUAAGCUGAAGACUGUCCUUUCUGUAGUUUAUCGUGUUUCUGAUGUAAAGGCUGCGAUGUGACCCCACCCUCUACUCUAGAAGGGGGUGGAGCCUAGGUUCAGUGCAGGAAAAAAAUGUAAAGCAAAGAAAUGAACCAGGCUGUGUUCACAAGGCAAGGGAUUGGUCAGGAAACUCAUUUCUGGUGUGUUGUAGGUGUUUUUGUGGGCAGAGCUAAUUGAAGAGUUUCAGUGUAUAGAAAACAUACAGAAAAAUGACUCUGUGUCUCUCCUAAACAUGAGUAUAUACUCAUAUAUUUAUACACACACACGUAAGACAAAUUGCAGUUGUUACACAGUGUGUGUUUGUUACGCUGUACCUCCACUGGACGUCAGAGAGAAAACAGAAAAUUGUGAGAAUAUAUUGUUGAAAUGUCCAGUUUUACACUCGCAGCUGAAAUACUGAGUUAAAGUUCAGUAAAUCUGUUACUUUGUCUUUUAUGUUCAUUAUCUAAUGAUCUAAAAACACUUUUUUUUAUAACGCUAUUUUAGAAAAAUAAUCUUAAAGUUCAAUAUUAUAUAAUAAUAUAAUGUAAUAUAAUACAUAUGGCAGCUUGUCAUGUUACUGAGGAACUCCUCUGUCAUGAAGAUAUCAGAAAAAUCUGAUACCAGUGACACUGGAGACUCGAACUGGUUCAAUAACAUAAUGGAGCAGAUGAAAUUAAAACAAGGCCGAGUUUGGGUUCUGAUGAAGCAGAAUGAAGAGAGUACGGAUCAGUGUGGUGAUGUUUCACUGAGAAUGAGAAGAAAGAAAAAUAUGAUCCAGGGAUACUUUGAUACUGAUAAACAUACUCACCAAAAAGACAGCAAAGUGGAUAUGUUUCAGGAUUAUUGACUGCAGUCAAAGUGAAGCAGAGCACACUGCACACCUACACAUAAAACAUCUUCAGCUAGGAGUUCAACACUAACGAAUUUAAUUGUCUUCGGUCAGAGCUAAUGUGAAAAUACAAACACUUUCCCAGUAUCUUUUACUUCGACAAUCGGGCUUGGGAAUCAGUAAUCGGACGACAAGGGAUUCGGACGCAGUUGUAACUACUACCCUAUUCCUUCCACGCUAACAAAUAUUACUAGCAAAAGAUCAAGCUGAGCUGUGUGUGUGCAUUUAAAGCUGUCUAAACACAAACAGCUACAUCAUACAACAUCUCUGGUAGUGAGUGCUGAUUUCACGUAAAAAAAAAUGGAGUACUCAUGCUCUGUCUUAAAAAGAUCAUCACUAGAAUGAUCACUAGCAGAUCAAGUCUAGAGUAAACGCUUUCCUGCUGGCUCAUGAAGACGCGUGUUACUGAUUGUUUCCAGCGUUAGAGACGCGAUCGGUCAGCGCUCGACUCCCGGCUCACGGUCCGACUCGCACCUCUGUCUGAAACGUCUGCCCUUGACUCAGAUCCGGAUUUUUGCACAUACACAUACCUGAGCUGAGGCCUUAGAUCUGCUGCUGCUUUGCUGCUCUGGAGCAUGUGUUCAUGUCCUGCACCGCUGCUUCUCUGUUCCAUCCCACCUUCAGGUGUUCACGUCACACCUCGACACGCUGGACGAGUCGAACGCCAGUGUAGCUUUUAAUGUCCCCAGCAGCCUCAGUGCUGCAGUUUGAACACAAAAAUCCUGAUCGAGCCUCCAUUGAGGCAGCAGUAAUGAACCAAACAGCAGCCACAAGGAGAGCCAUUUAAGUGUUACUUCAUUUUUUGUCUGUGUGUGUGUGUGUGUGUUUUCAUGAGAAUGUAUAAAUUUAUUUUGAGUAUGUUGUUAACACACUUCACUGCUUUUUGUCAUUAUUUACUGUGUGUAUCUGUGUAAACUGAACUGGAGUGUGUGUGUGUGUGUGUGUGUUCUGUUUUUAAUGGGAACAGGAUACACUGAUUACUUGCACAGGGGAGCGUGAUCCCUUCUCUAUGUUACUAACUGCUGCUUGUCUGUCGGCACGCAAUAGAAAUAUUUAUAUAUUUAUAUAAAUAUAAACCUGCUUUUUCUCAGAGUUCUUACUCCAGUGUGUGACGGGUGCUCUGUCUAGCAGUGUUGCUUUCUCUCUGGCUGUUCACUCGCGUGUGCUGGCUGUUCAUUUUGUAUUCUUUUCUUUGAAUAAACGUGUGUAAACCCAUCUCA